AUGGCCUCCUGGGCGGAGUCCGUGCUGGGUGGGUGCAUUUACUACAAAACCGUUCCGUUGGAGGGCGAUCACGACGGACGAUUGGUAAAAUCGAAGGGAAUCCUCGGAAAGUCAUUCACGGAAUUACCAAGCGGCUCCGCCCUCGCGUCACGCAUGUUGAUUUGUGCAGGCUAUGUGUCUAACAUCCACUCGGAGUCCAUCAAAUACGGCAUCCACAACUGGGCGCAGCACGGCAUCUGCGGCAGCGGCGUUCUGCUCGACGUGGUCAAUUUCUACACCGACAGGCUCGGCACGCCCCCGUACGACCGGAUGGCCGCGCACGCGAUCUUGCUCACGGACCUGCUCACAUCCGCCGAGGCCGAGGGCGUGACGUUCCAGCAGGCGGACAUUCUCGUCAUCCGCGCAGGGUUCAUAGGUCCGUACCAAAGCGCAACGCAGGUGCAGCGCCACGAGUGGGCGACGGCUCUCGAGACCUUCGCGGGAAUCGACCACAGCGAGGACGCGAAACGGUUCCUUUGGGACACGCACUUCGCGGUCAUGGCGUCCAGUACGCCGACGACGGGGCCUCGGCGGGAUCGCGGGCUGCGGCGUGCUUAUGAAGCGUCAGACCACUAG